AUGCUUCUAGCCUUCUCGGCUAAGAGUGAGGAGCUGGAUAUACUGAUGUUGAGUCUGACUUUUGGCAAUGUCGAGGUGAAGAAUUGUCUGAGAAACGUGGUCACGCUUUUCCAUUAUAUCGAGAAAGAGAGGGCGUGGCGGAAGGAGAAUGGGAGACCAGAAGGGUUUGAAACGUUGAAUGCGAGGAAACCUAUUGUUGCUGUUGGUGCUGAAGAGCCGUUGGCGGAACAUAUGAUGGUCGCAGACUUCUUCCACGGUGUCGAUGGACUCGGAGGUAUACAUCAUAGCCACCCCCAUCUCUCGCCUGAAGAGACGUGGAAAUCGCUCUUCACGCCCCAGCCGAAGAAUCUUGCGCCGGAAGAAGCUGCAGCGCUGCAGAAGGUCAAGGAGAAGCACUCGCUCUUUACGCCGUCGCUCAAACCCGCACACGAAGUCAUGCUCGACUUGUUGAGGGAGAACGAGCCGGGUACGAUUACCAUUGUAGCCGUCGGACCACUAACGAACCUUGCCAUCGCUGCCGCGAAGGAACCGGAGACGUUCCUGAGAGUCAAGGAGGUGGUUGUCAUGGGCGGUGCUAUCGACGCGCCUGGAAACCGUUCACCGCCGCCUCUCCACCUCAUCUAUUCCGCAUCUACCCUCUCCAUUUCCGUUCCACCAUUCGGCUUGAUAAAACAGCCCAACACCCCUCUUCGAUAUUCGCUAAACAAGCGCAACCAGAUGACACCCGACGCCGAGUUCAAUACCUACGCCGACUCCAUUGCAUCAGCCCGCGUCUUCGCACUAACGUCUCAAAACCCGCAUCUCACCAUGCCACCUGUCAUCUCCAACGGCAAGAAAGAGCAGCUCCCUCCGUAUCCGGAGAAGUUGAGCAAGAGGCUGACGAUCAAAUUAUUCCCGCUCGACACGACCGAGUUGCAUGUGUUGCCCAAGGCCAUGUAUGAAGAUUAUAUCAAUUUGAAGCCGAUCAAAGGGAGUCCCAUGGCGGAAUGGACUAGUCUUUUUCUCGAUGCAACGUUCAAGAAGAAUGCGAGUUUGAAUCCGCAGCAAGAUGCUACGAAAGCUGGUCUUCAACUACACGACCCGCUGACUAUUUGGAGGGACAAGGCGAUUUGA